AGAAGAUAGAACGCUCUCUUGGGUAUCAAUUUUGCUCCUGUGGGUUCGUAAUUUUAUGAGCCUUUUCAUCUCCGCUUCAUAUAUAGUGUUCCAAAGUCUUCAAUCCAAUCUGGGUUUGUUGUAGUUUUGGUUAAAAGUUCAUCCUUUACUAAUUAUACCGAAAUUGGAAUUCAAUCUUGGCGGAAAAAUGUUGGCUCAGCAACAAAACCCACAUGCGCUCUUGUGCUCUCUGCAACAGCAACAAAUUGAUUCGAAGGAAAUAAACAGUGAAGGUGAAGCGGAUGUUAAAACAUUCUCAAUAAGACAGUAUGCUCUUGCUUCCCGUCAGAGAAAUCUCCUUCAAAGCUGGCCAUUUCCAGAGAAAUACCUGCAAAUGUGUCUUGAUCGAGGUCUGAGAAAUGUGUUGCCACCUUUCGUGCAGCGUAGUGAUGACUUGGUUUCUGAGUCAUCACAUAAUGACUUGCCAAACUUGAAUAUUGCUCCUUGUGAUCAAGAUUAUGAUGCUAAGAAUGUUAGAGUUUUCAAACCUGAAUCAUCACCAGAACAUCAUUAUGAUCCCCUUGAACUGAAGAAGCAGAAUAUUACGAACCACAGUGAUUCUGGUCUGUUCUCCAAUAAGGAAGAAAGAUCAAAAGCGAUGAUGAGCAGCCUGCAGGAAGUGGGUGUGAUUUCAGUUUCACCCCGAGUUUGUGUCGAAAAGAGCAGCCAAAUGCUGAAUUUUUCAUCAAAGUCAGCCAAGUUGGACAGAAGAAGAAGAGAAGAAAAGGAAGAUGCAAGAAAAGGUCAAUGGCGGAUAUUCUAG